UAAUAAAAAGUUCAUAUAAAAUUUGAAAGAUCUAGUUUAACAUAAUGUGGAAUGGAGUAUUAUUCGUAGUAGACCCGUCUCACUGUUUUGAUGGACCCUGUGCAUAUUUUAUCUGAAUAACAAAAAAAUUGUCUGAAAAAUGGUCUUAGAUUAUUUUAAAAAGGCUCUAAAUUACACCUAAAAUUGUCUAAAUUUGUUUUGGGUCCUGUGCAAAAACUCCUUCUGCACACCCAUAGAGACGGCUGAUUCAUAGAUCACUUGAUCCUCAAAUAAUCACAAUUUUAUUAAGAUUAAUUUUAAAAUAUUAUGAUAUUCUAAAUUUCAAAUAAGAACAGAUCUCUUAUUCCAUCACAAGCUUCAUGAACCAAAACAGUUGAAAGCUAAAACAACAUAAGGAAAAAACUAUAGUACUUUCGCAAAAAAAAAAAACUAUAAUAUUUAUCUCAUGCAAUAAAAGUUGCCGAUAAGAAAGUCAAAAUAAAAUCAUCCUAGGAUAUUUUUAAUAGUAGUCCAUGAUGACAUAAUACAUAUAUGAGAUAUGAAGUUUCAUAUCAUUAGUUCCUUUUGUCACAACGUGAUUUUGAUUAAUUUAUGUAGAGUAUUACUAUAUAUAUCAACUAUCUGAAUUCAAUAUCAUUAAACUAGUAGCCAAUGAUUCUUGUAGAAUAGAAAAGGACUUGCCUCCAGUCUCCUCUCUGGAUCUGAUCCACUGUAUUGUCUUUGUAUUUUACAUUCACCAUAGCUUUCAAUUUUUUGGCUUCACUGGAUUGUUUGAAGGAAGGAAACAAAAACAGUAAUGGUGUUUUUCAGCUUUAAUGAGAUCAAGAAGAAGAAGGAGACUCUCAUAGGACUUGUCUUGGGACAGAUCCUCUCCCUUCUCUCUACUUCAAUUGGCUUUACAACCUCUGAGCUCGUCAGAAAAGGUAUCAAUGCUCCAACAUCACAGUCGUUCCUAGGUUAUGUGUUACUGGCAAUUGUAUAUGGAAGUAUAAUGCUAUAUCGAAGAUCUGUAAUUAAGGCCAAAUGGUAUUACUAUUUCCUGCUUGCUCUAGUUGAUGUCGAAGGCAACUUUCUUGUGGUAAAGGCAUUUCAGAACACAUCAAUGACAAGUGUCAUGUUACUGGACUGCUGGGCGAUCCCGUGCGUUUUGGUGUUGACUUGGGUUUUUCUAAAGACAAGAUACAGUUUGAUGAAGAUCAGUGGUGUGGUUGUAUGUAUUCUUGGUGUUGUCAUGGUCGUUUUCUCAGACGUCCAUGCAGGGGAUCGAUCUGGAGGAAAAAAUCCUGUAAAAGGGGAUUUUCUUGUGAUAGCUGCAGCAACCUUGUAUUCUUUCAGUAAUACCAGUGAGGAGUUCUUUGUGAAGAAUGCAGACAGAGUUGAACUCAUGUCCUUUGUGGGCCUUUUCGGUGCAAUCAUUGGUGCAAUUCAGAUAAGCAUAUUUGAACGUGAUGAGCUCAAUGCUAUUCACUGGUCAACUGAGGCAGUGUUGCCUUAUAUUGGAAUUGCAAUCGGUGUGUUUCUUUUCUACACCAUACUCACAGUUUUACUCAAGACCAAUGGUACAGCAAUGUUCACUCUCUCACUACUCACAUCAGACAUGUGGGCGGUUCUGAUCCGCAUUUUCGCUUACCAUGAGAAGGUUGAUUGGCUCUAUUAUUUGGCAUUUGCUACUACAGCUAUUGGACUGAUCAUAUACUCAAUGAAAGAGAAUGAUCAGGAGAAGCAAAGUGGGGGAGAACAACAGAUAAAGCUGUUGGAUGAGGAAGAUGGUGAUUCACUUCGAGCCAGGCUUACAGGUGCUUCCACCUGAACACAAAGCCUGAGGUU